AAGGAGCCGCAGUUGCUUCUCUUGUUUAUCUCUGCUCUGGAGCCUGGCUGUUCCGCUAUGAAUACGCGUUUAAUCCUCUCUAAGAAUACAACCACGUCUGUAAGGUAUUGGCAUAACAAAUAGCAUGCAAAUACGCGCAACGCGUCCUUGUGUCACAUUAAAAGACCGCCAUAUAAUUUAAAGGCUUCAGUUUGAUCGGAUUCAUUCAUUUGUGCUCCUCAAGUGCUCCUUCAGUUUAUUAACUUCAGAGGAUCAGCUUUGAAGGCACACAGUUAAAUCAGUGUUCAUGCCGGACUUUGAGCAUUUUAGAUUUUCUCACACCAGAAUGAAUCCUGUAUUAGGGGAGAACGUGUAUUCGUUCCAACAGAACCAGGUGACGGGCUUCGCGGACUCGGCGUCAUCGGGCCACUGGACCGAUCCAGCGGGCCUUUUCUUGAGCGAACACACGGGUGGUGGCUUCGGGCAAGAUGGGUUUGACCUGGGCGCUUUACCACCUCUCGGGACACCGUAUCUACACCUGGGUAACUAUCUUCACCGGGUGUCUCCACCUCCUCCAGCCGCGACGGCCCUGCGUAACGACCUGGGAUCCAACAUCAGCGUCCUUAAAACUCUAAACUUGCGUUUCCGCUGCUUUUUAGCCAAAGUGCAUGAACUGGAACGUCGGAAUAAUGUGUUAGAAAAGCAACUGCAACAGGCUUUGGAUGACAAUGCAGAGUGUGCAGAAAAUAGAAAGGCUUUAACGCGAGAUGUUGGGAUUCAAACCUGCUUCGUUGGAUUGGUUCCUACUAGGCCAGAUCUGAUACCCAUUCAGAACGCGAACGACACCGCAUAUCUGUCCGGAACAUUGUUGUCACCUGCUUUCAAUAACACCACCCUCCCUUUCGAGUCCAAUAACGGGACAACAGUUGAAAACUUAAACCCAUCCAAUCUGACAGACUCUAAUUUCAAUCUCACCCCAAAUUUCCCCAUCAGCCCGAUUGAUCCUGCUCCAAAAAUCACCAGCAACAUUAACGGGAAGUAUGUGAGUACCGGGAUUGGUUGUACCAGCAAUCUUCCACCCAGAUUUCACCCUGGCUCUGGGUGGUCUUAUAAUGCGAGGUUCAGCACCGGGCGUGAGUCGCGGUUCUCGGGUACAGGUGUGUCGUCAUGGGUGCCUCCGGACGGGGUGGGUGUCCAGAUUGACACCAUCACCCCAGAGAUUCGGGCCCUGUAUAAUGUGCUCGCCAAGGUAAAGAGGGAGAGAGACGAAUACAAAAGGAGAUGGGAAGAGGAAUACACAAUGCGGAUGGAUCUUGAGGAAAAAGUUGCUGAGCUUGAAGAAGACCUGCAGGAGAGUGAGGUGUGCCAGGAUGAACUUGCUCUUAGGGUUAAGCAGCUUAAAGCAGAGCUGGUUCUGUUCAAAGGCCUCAUGAGCAAUAAUCACUCAGAUUUGGACAGUAAGAUCCAAGAGAAGGCCAUGAAAGUGGACAUGGAUAUCUGUCGCAGGAUUGACAUCACGGCUCGUCUGUGUGAUGUAGCGCAGCAGAGAAAUUGUGAAGACAUGAUUCAGAUCUUUCAGCAAGUAGCCACACCUCCGUCAACCUUGACUCGCCGUCCUCGGAAACCAGCAUCACAGACAAUCAGAGGGAACGAGAGCGAUGAACCAGUAAGCAUCUCUGAAAGUGAGGAAAGCGGGAAUAAGGAGGUGGAUCUGUGUUGCUCAUCAGCCAAUCAGAUCAAUGAGGAGAUGCAGAGGAUGCUCAAUCAAUUACGCGAAUGUGAGUUUGAGGAUGACUGCGACAGUCUUGCGUGGGAAGAGACGGAGGAAACUCUGUUACUCUGGGAAGAUUUUCCUGGAUACACCUUCAGUGUUGAGAACCAAGGAGAGCAAGACGAGUCCAUAGAGAAGGUGAUAAAGGACACAGAGUGCCUUUUCAAGUCCCGCGAGAAGGAUUAUCAAGAUACCAUUGACCAAAUUGAGUUGGAAUUGGCAACUGCUAAGUCUGAUAUGAACAGGCAUUUGCAUGAGUAUAUGGAGAUGUGCAGCAUGAAAAGAGGGCUGGAUGUUCAAAUGGAGACCUGCAGACGACUAAUCACUCAGACAGGAGACAGUAAAUCCCCUCUUCUUGUUCCGGCUGCUGUGGAGGAGGGAGAGAAUGCAGAGAAGGAGAGGAAAAAAGCAACUGCGGCAAAUCCUGACAGCGCUGAACCGUGUUGUGACAUGCAGUCAAACUCUUCUGUCCCGGACCACUCAUUGAAGAAGGCCUGAUAUAUUUCUCAGUAAUAGCUGCGAUUAUAAAUAUAUCGUUUCACAAUAGAGACUGUGAUGCUGCAGCAAGACUCACGGGUUAGUUACCCUCUGAAAGGCAAGUAACCUUGUGUGGUUUCACUAGUGCCCUCUAAUGGAAUACACAGUUAAUGGCCAUAAAAAUUUUUUAAGUAUGAAGUACCAUAUAAUUCUGGCCAAAAACAUAACACUCUUUUUUGAUGACAUCAUUUUAUUUACAGUUUUUUUUUUUUUUUUUUGUCUGCAGAUUAUUCCUGCUGUGUAGUAACUUUUAUAAUUUGUCAUUUUAAAAAGUUUUGGUUAUACUUAGGCUCUAAUAUUUACAUAGUGGCAAAUAUUAACAAGAUGGAGAGCUGAUGUGCUUUUGAUUUUGAUUUAUUAUGCCAAUUCCAACAUGAUUUGAUAUGUUAAAUUUAGAAAAAUCAAUACCACACAGAUCCAUUUGUUAUAUUUUUGUUUUCUUGUUAAAAAAUAGUCAUGUCAUGGAGAAUGAUGUCAUUUAGGGUAACCAAAAAAACAAAACAAGGUAACACUUUACAAUAAGUUAACAUGUAUUAACUACAUAAACUAACCAUGAGCAUUUGUUACUGUAUUUGUUGAUCUUUGUUAACGUUAGUUUAAAUCAUUGUUUGUUGAUGUUAGUUCACAGUGCACUAAUGUCAACCAGAUUUUAAUAAAGUAAUAGUAAAUUUUGAAAUGAACAUUAUCAAAGAUUAAUAAUUUUCCUAAUAAGAAAAUUUUACUAAAUGAACUAUUACUAAAAUAUUGUAUAGUAAUGACUCACCCCAGCAUUAAUCACAAGGCACUUUUGACAAAAAUAUUUUUUUUAUCAAUCACAACGGUAUAGGUUUUUUAACCUUGAACACUCAAAGUUAUUAAUCUCUGAACAAGCACUUAGCAGUUUCUGCAUCAACAACCAGUAAUGCCAGCGAUAUGAUAAGUGAUAUUUAAAUAGGUCUGCUGUCAACUUUUCGCAGCUCUAAAUGGCGAUGAUUUUGAGAGCAGAAUUUCGCACUGAACAUUGAAGUGUGUGGGUGUCUGUUUUCAUUUAUGGUUUUUGUACUGUGGGUGAAGGCCAGAUGACUAAUCACUUGUUAUUUGAUUGUGUUUCUAGGUUGAAGGCAUCCAAAUCUUUAGCAUUGUAUCAUUACAUAUUGUAACAUGCCCUUGAUCGCUUAGCCUCAGUGAAUGUCGUUAGCCAUUCAGUUGCAUUAGCAUUAGUCAAAUAAAGUGAAUUUCAUUAGAUUCACUCAAUGAGGGCCAGGGUUACAAAAACAGAUUACAAAGAUCAUUCAUAAAGUGCAUCUGGGUAAAAAAAAUUAAAAAGCAAGUGAAUUCAGAGCAAAUAAUAAUGAAAAAAAUGAAUAUGCAAUGAGUCAUUAUGCACUUAUUCUUAAGUGAUGACUUAACAUGUUAAGUGCUGCUGAGGCACAUUAUUCCUCUCUGCUAAGCUAUUAUCUACUUAUUUAUUUAUUUGUAUGUUUGCUUGUUUAAUGACUUACUUGAAAAAAGAGGGUUUUUGAUAUACCAAACAAUUCAAGACUGAACUGAGUUCAGUUCGUUUCACUUAAGUUUCAUUUAAAAUAAACUGGAUUCACCUUAUUAUUAUGUAAUCUCCAACAAACUUUAUAAAUAGGCUAAUUAUGAGUCAAUAUGCUGGCAGUAUGUUU